AUGAAACACAGAAAUUCUUGUCUUCUGGCAUGCUUCGUAUGGAUAUAUGCUGUUUCGAUAUCGUUGCCACCCUUAUUUGGCUGGGGAAGUUAUGGGCCACAAGCUGGCAACAUAUCUUGCAGUGUCUCCUGGGGAUCGCAUGAUCCUAUAACACACACCAGGAGCUACAUUUCAUAUAUUUUUUCAAUUGGAUUUAUUAUUCCACUAAUUGUUAUUGUCAGCAGUUACUGCUCAAUAAUCAUUACCUUAAGGAAUUCAAGAGAAAGAGUUGGUUCAGGAAGAAAACACGAAGAGAAAGUCACGAAGAUGGUAGCGCUGAUGAUUUCAGCGUUUCUAGUUGCUUGGACACCAUACGCUGUUGUAGCUCUGGGAGCACAGUUUUUUAAUGUGUGUAUAGAUACAAAGUUAAACUAA